CAUAUCGCUAUAUAUUAAUAUCGUGAUUUUACAAAGAUUCUAUGUAGAAACUUGAACUGCCCAUCCACACAGCAUGAGACUGUCAAGUCCAUUUAUAAUUUGGCAGUGAGCACUACUUUAAUAAUCUCAAACUUGUGGUGACAGACCACCACACUCAGACUACUACAAGUGCCCUCGUUUGCACACAGCAGGAGAUGGACGUGCAACCAUGCUCUAGUCUUCUGGGCAUCAUUUAUUCCCUCAGUGCAACCAACUUCGGUGCACGACACCCUUCCGCUCAGCCAAUUCCUCCAAUCAUUAUCCCAGACUUAAAUAAGUUGAUCACUCGAUGCUGCCAAUACCCGGUUUCCGGUGGCGCAUACGGUGAUAUCUACAAGUGCAUAUACCACGGACCAGAUGGCGAUGCAGAGGUCGCCGUCAAAGCAAUUCGACCAUUUUUCAGCACUGCUGAGGUGCUCCGGAGAGAACUUGGGAUUUGGAAGAGGUUGCGACAUUCUAAUAUCUUGAAGUUCAUGGGUACCACCCGAGGCUUCGGCCCAUCUGAGGCUUUGGUUGCUCCGUGGAUAGUCAAUGGCAAUCUUACUUCGUUCCUCAGCGAAAACAACGACAUCCUUGGGCUGCAUGAUCGUCUGCUUCUGCUUCGUGAUAUUGCCGCUGGCCUCAACUAUCUUCAUACAUUUAGUGUCAAUAUAGACGGAAACACGUACUUUAAUCCCGUCGUUCAUGGAGACCUCACUGGUAACAAUGUCCUCGUCGGUGGUGAUAGAACUGCAUACGUUUCAGAUUUUGGCCUUUCGGGAACUUUGACACAAUUGCCUGGCAUGACAUACCUUGCAAUGCUGAACUGUCAUGCAGGAGCAUGGAGGUGGUCAGCUCUUGAACUUUUUUCUACGGAAGAAUCAGCUUCUAUGGUUACCACUCACAGUGAUAUUUACUCGUUUGGUAGCAUCAUGCUUCAAGUUUUGACGGGAAAUUUGCCCUGGUCACACUUGACCCAUGACUUCCAGAUGUACCAAGUGAUCAUUGAGCAGAAAAAACAUCCUCGUCCGACAGACGAUCAUAUCACUGAUCAGCACUGGAAUUUUAUGACCUCCUGCUGGUCAAAGACAGCCAUCAAUCGCCCUUCUGCUGAAGAAGCACUUCAGUUUAUUGAUAGCGAGAUCGUUUUGUACGAUCUGGGCAGCGUCGACGGUGGACAGCACCCUGCCUUGGUUCCUGUUUCUGGAUAUUCUCCUCAGCCCUCCCGGCAACUACCCCACUAUGUCUCUCUCGUUGUAUCCCCACUCAGACUUUGUUUAUUUCUCCUUAUAAUGCUGGCACGCUGGUUAAGUGGCAUCGUUUUACCAAUCUGCUCACUGGCACCUGUACUUGACCGGGUAAUACAUAACUUUGGCUGAUCAGACACAGGCCGGUAUGCACGGCAACCUCUAGUCUUUGAGGUUAU